UAUAAAUUAGAUGGACUCUGGAGGUGCAAAUACAUUUGUGGUAGAACCUAAAGAUGAAGAGAAGUGAUUAUUAAAUUGAUAUAAUUAGAUUUUAUCCAUCAAAAGUGAGAAAAUUAAUCCAAGAAAUCAUGGAUGAUAAAUUAAAAACCGAAACUUAUGAUGCCAACAACACUCCUAAUUUAGCAGAAGAAUUAGUAAAAAGAAUAAGAAGUAAAGUUAGAGAAAGUAAAUGAUUUAUUCCAUUUAAUUUUAAGCUAUCAAAAUGCCAAGAUUUAAAAUUGCAGUUUAAGUUGUAAUAGGAGAAGUCAAGGGAUAGGGAUGCAAAGUAACUUCAAAAAAUCUAUGGGAUCCGACUUGGGACAAUUAUGCAUCAUACGCAUUUUAAAAUGUAAUUAAUAUUUAUGAUCAUUAAAAAUAUAGGAAAGUAUUUACGGUGUAGCAAUCGUAUUUGGAGUCUAUUAUGAAUGAG